GAUCGUCGCACUAAUUGAGUUCUUUAGCUGAGACAAAAGAUGUGACAGGCCUCUUGAGCACGUUUUAAUUGCUGCUGUUGGUGCAUGUGCUUUUCUGACUCCGAGGCUCCAAUUAGCCACGUUCCCUGGCUCAUCAGCGCAUCUUUAGUGAUCAAUCAUGAGUGGUUUCACUAAGUUUUCCUGAACCGACAUCUUAAUUGAGCCACUCCCAAGACAGGUCUCGCAGAUUCCACGCACUGAUCCCACUUCUACUGUAACUAAAACACGCGCGUGUCGUCCGCGGCGCGUGUUCGCAGCCUCCAGCGUUGCGUCGCGGGGUAACGUGGAGUCCGGUGAGGGAGGGAACACCCGGAGGGAAACCCGGCAGGACGCGGUUCUCGGCGGACCUCCUCUUUCUCCGGCCGUAAGGAAAACCCGCAGACGCCCACAUGCCCUUGGACCUGAGCGGAUACUGGAAAAUGACCUCCAACGAAAACUUCGAGGAGUUCAUGAAGGCUCUCGAUAUAAACAUUGCCAUCAGGAAAAUCGCCAGGCUGCUGAGGCCCGACAAGGAAAUCAUCCAGAACGGGGACCACAUGGUCAUCAAGACCCUCAGCACCUUCAGGAACUACAACAUGGAGUUCGACUUGGGCAAGGAGUUCUUCGAGGACCUGGCGGCAGUGGACGGCAGGAAGUGCAUGACAACUAUCAACUGGGAGGGGGACAAGCUGGUGUGUGUGCAGAAGGGGGAGAUCGAGGGACGAGGCUGGACCCACUGGAUGGAGGGAGAUCAGCUUUAUUUGGAGCUCAGGGCCGGAGGGGUCGCAUGCAAGCAGAGCUUCAAGAAGACCUAGUGUGCCCAUCACUGAGCUGACACUGGCUCACAGAGACACACCGGAGCCGCCACACUGUCCAGGCUACCUUUGUUGUACACUUCUGUUCAUAUAGCUGUCUACACAUGUUUUAUAUAGCUCAUGGAUUUGAAUGCUGCAUAUUUAUAUUCUCUGAAGCCUGUUGCCUUACUCUGCAAGGCCAAGUCAAUAGAGAUGCUGUACAGCAAGGGAAAGGUCAGCGUGUGUGUUACAGUGUGGAACACAUCACAGUAUAUUGUACUGGGAAUUGGUCUGAGGGUGGGUCCUUCUGUGACUGACAUGAUUAGAAUAAGUGUGUUGAGAUAAACAGGGCAUGAACAAUAAUGUAAUAAGUUUAUUCUUAUGAUGAAAGUGGUGAAGAUCAGAGCCUGGUUGAGAGUCUGUAAAUACAUGUUACUGCAGCUACAUGUCCCGUUCCUUUGGGACGGUGCCACCGACAAUAAAAUAAAUCACUCAAUUAGUCUAUGACUUGAAGCUGUGCUCCACAAUGCUGUUUGUGUUUAUUUUCUGAACGUUCGUCGUUGUGUAGGAAAGCGAGCUCCUAAUGCUCCAGGAGCGUCCGCACCCUCCCGGCCUCCACACGUGGGCUGUGUUUGUGCACGGCCCGGUCUCUGAGUGGGAGUCACUCCGCUGCCCAUUCUCGCCUGCUGAACCGCUGCGUGCAGAUGUUAAAGCGCUUGAGCAUUCUGAGAAAGAACAGCCUGUUUUCACCGAAUCAUAAAGCCGCUCGGUCCGACUUCACUGUAUUUCCUCUCCCCACCUUCUAAACUGGUUUAAAAUUCUUAAGCUGUAUUUAAUUUGUACUGUGACCUGCACUGAUAAAUACCUGGCAGCUUAUCUCAACCAAAUCGCAAUUGUAUCUAUAUAGGCUAAGCUACCGUGGCUGACCCCAUUGGCAGUUUUAUUGGCUGCUCAGCAUUCCAGUUAUUAUCCUGUAAUCCUACCAGUAGUUAUAUGAGUAAAUGACAACGCUCCAUCUUCA